AUGGCAUCGGGCACAUCUUCUUUAGAAAGCAAUGGGAGUAAUGAAUCAAUAUCCCACAGUUACGUGAGUAACGAACGUCAUAAUGCUGCCCAAAUACCAUCUUUACCCAUUGACUAUGAUCUAUCAUCAUCUCAGUGCUAUGAGAAACCGACCUACACAAGUCAUACACAUGCCAUGAGCGCCCCAUAUGAGUUGGGGAAUUAUGAUGUGAUCAAUAAACAGGCCAAUGAAAAUUUAAAGCAGCAAUGUGACAAGGCUCAGCACGAACUAAACCAGUUAAGACGACAGUACACAGAGACUUCCAGACGAUGUGAACAUGUUAUGAAGGAGUUGGAAUACUUCCGUGGUCAGCAUCGGGCAGCUAUGAAUCAGCUCGAGGUGUCCGCGCAGGAGACAAGCAGUCUUCGCGGCAAGUAUGGGGACCUGUUAAACGAUAAUCAACGACUCGAGCGUGAGAUCCAACACCUGCAGCAGAACAGCGGCGCGGAGGGCGCGGAUGCGCUCGUGCACACGCUGAGGAAAUACGACGCUCUCAAGGAAGAGUUCGAAUGUUUCCAAAAGAGAUAUGAUGAUUUAAUAGAGAAUCACAACACAACUCUGGAGAACCUUCGAAUAGUCCAAGAAGAGAACAGCAGGCUCAAAACACAGUGUCAUGAACUCACUCAAGAGAGAAACUCUGUGAUACGAGAGCGCAACGCGCUGAAGCAGCAGGUGGCGAGCGUGGUGCGGCAGUGGGAGGGCGGCGUGCGCGAGCGCGCCGACAUCAAGCGCCUCACCGACGAGCGCAACGCCGCCAUGGCCGAGUACACGCUCAUCAUGAGCGAGAGGGACACGGUGCACAAGGAGAUGGAGAAGCUGUCGGACGACCUGCAGGCGGCGCUGAAGCGCGUGGCGGCGCUGGAGGCGGCGCUGCAGGCGUCGCGCGAGGAGCAGCGCGCCACCGCGCUGCAGGCGGAAAGUCUUCGUCGCGAGAUAGAGUCGGCGCUGCUGGAGCGCGACCGCGCCAUCAAGGAGUGCACUGAUCUCAAGACGCCACAGAACACCUCCACGCUCGGCAAGUCUAGGCAAGAUAAUUCAGCAUAUCACCACUUGGGCCUGUCGAGCGGAGUCGGCACGGACGGGUUCCUCAACGGUCAGCAUUCUAAUGAUCCCUCUAUGGAUAAAUUGCAAGGCGCGUGCGGCGCGGCGGAGGCGGGCGCGCGCGUGGACGACGUGGAGCUGGCCAACCAGGAGAUCGAGCGCCUGCGCGCGCGCGCGCAGCGCCUCGCGCACGACCUGCACGACGCGCACCGCGAGGCUGAGGUCUCCAAACGUAGAAGAGACUGGGCCUUCGCUGAAAGAGACAAAUUGUUGCAAGAGCGAGAAAGCGUCAAAGCGUUGUGUAACCGAUUAAGAAAAGAACGAGACCAGAUGGUGGGCGAGCUGGCGGAGGCGCGGCGCCACGGCGGCAAGAAGGACGGCAAGGAGGGCAAGGCGCCGCGCCCGCGCUCGCACGACGACGCCUGCCGCGCGCCGCACCACGCGCACCGCGGGGAGGACGUGCAGGACUUCGAGUGGGAGACGAUCUCGGUGGAGCUGUGCGGCGCGGGCGCGGACGGCGCGCCGGGCCUGGAGCUGCGCGGCGGCCGCGACGAGCCCGCCUACCCCAACGACUGCAGCGUCUACGUCACCGCCGUCAAGAGGGGCUCCGUCGCCGACGGGAAGAUCAAGGUGCUGGACCGCAUAGCGGAGGUGUGCGGCGUGUCGCAGUGGGCGCGCAGCUCGGCUUGCGCGGCGGCGCUGCGCGGCGCGCUCGCGCGCGGGCCCGUGCCGCUGCGCCUGCAGCGCGCCCGCGCCGCGCGCACGCUGCUGCGCAUCGCCGGCGGCGGGCACAGCGGCCUCACGCUGCAGCAAGGUAUUUUCAUAAGUAAAAUAGCUUGUGGUAGCGCCGCCGCGAAGGAGGGGAAUGUGUACGUCGGCGACAGAGUUGUUAGCAUAAACAACUGCUCGCUGGAAGGCAUAAAGAGCGUGUCGGAGGCGACGGCGCUGCUCAACGACUGCCACUACGACUGCGUGCUGCUCACCGUGCUGCGCCCGCUCUACCCGUGCUGCGACCCGAGGAACAGGCUCUCGCUGUACGAGCAGUCGUACAGCGACAACAAGAUGGUGAACAUCUGCUCCCAGACCGAAGACAGCAGCUGGGGCGCGUUCGUGCCGCCGCCCCCCGAGCCUAAGGUGCAUGUAGAGCAUGGGGUGGCGGAUUUCGACAGGCGCUACGUGUACCACGUGGCGGCCGGCAGCCAGGGCAAGAUACACCAGGAGAGAGUGCAAACGAUCACAAGUAUCGCGUCGCGUGUUGCAGGCACUUGGGACAUGAUCCGGGGGAAGAUCGAAGCUGUGACCGGCGGCGGCAAGGGCAAGGACAAGCAGAGCAAGGUACCAGAGUCGGAUGCUAUCGCUGAGUUAGAUUCUGUUAUCGACAGCUAUCAUGGAAAGACGAUCAAAGAAACGAGCAGUGUUUUAAAGCGAUCGCGAAGAAAAAAUAAAGAAGCUCAGAAUGACGCAAAAAAUGGAGGGACUUGGCCCAAAGCUAGAGCCAAUUUCAUACUAGAAGAUAACGCUACUGGGACCAUCGUGCAGCCUCGCUCGAGAAAAGAGAGGCCCCCUUUAUCUAUAUUACUCAGUCCGCCAACAAAACUGCCGCCCGAGCCACAAAGGUCGAACACAAAUAGAAACUCGAACCCCAUACCAUUAGGGCAUGUGCCCUUGACCCAAGUGACCACCCCGGCGCGACACUCCGUCUACAAAUCCAUAGAGUCAAGUCCUGCUAUUGAACAUUUUCCAAAACCCGCCCCUUUAACGAUACACAAACCUUUUGCUCCUAACAGUGUGCCAUUUGAACAGAAUCGCUCGAUGGAAAAAGAGAAACUUUCUAUAAGUGAUUAUGAACAAGAUGUAACACCGAAUAGAUUAAGCUUAGUUCUAAACCCUUCAGAGGAUUCGCUUUUUUAUCAACCGGCUAUGCGGAAUCGUACAAAGAGUCCCCACUCUUUAGACUUUAUGGUCAAUAAAGGCCCCAACUCUCUCGAUUUCGUUUCGAGAAAAUCCCCCAGUUCACUCGAUCAUUCGAUUAAAAAUCACACAGGGAAAGACAUUCUCGAUCAGUUUUAUUCGUCAAAGAAGGCGUCGUCGCCUAAAACAGUGAAUAAAUAUCCAUCUGACAGUGAUAGUUUCGGUCCAGACAGCUUGAAUAGUAAUGCAAACUUUCCAAUGACGGGAACUUUGCCAUCGCAAUCACGACUUCAAUCCCAAUACUACAGAGGGCCGUUCACGAACUCGAACCCACAUACCUCGAGUCGCUAUAACCAUUUAUCAAGCCCAACAAACAUACCACAGAGCCAAUCGGGAGAGAGUAUCGGAACAAGCUACGACAUGCACUCUUUUACGUCGCACACACACAACAUGUCUGACUUACAACCCGUCCCACGAGUAAAUCGAGAAUACCAUCACACAUACGAAGGUGGCACAUUUCCAAGAAAAAAAGAAAACCAAAGGUUCCGAAUACCUUCUAAUCCGAGUGUGACAUCAAAAAAUUCCGCGGGAAAACUUAGCACAGGUUCAAUAGAGCGGAGUUCAGAAAGAAACUCGCCAAUGCCGACAUUUCACGUAGAAGUGUUAAGCCCUGGACGAGGAGCGAAGCAACUGACUCACAAAACUAGAAACUCAAUGCCUGAAUACUGUGGGUUAGGGUGGAACAAACCUUUGCCAGGGGAAUUAAGGCGAGUUCACAUUGACAAAAGUCAACAGCCUCUAGGUAUUCAAAUAUACUGCCCACCCAGUAGUGGAGGAGUUUUUGUGUCGACUGUCAACGAAAACUCUUUGGCCAGCCAAGUCGGCUUACAAAUUGGCGAUCAGUUGCUAGAAGUGUGUGGAAUCAAUAUGCGCUCAGCGACCUAUACACUCGCUGCAAGUGUUUUACGCCAAAUCGGCAAUUCAAUAACCAUGCUAGUGCAAUACAGUCCUGAAAAAUAUAAGGAUGAAAUGGAAGUGCCAGGCAGUUCGUCUUCUGGAGACAGUUCUCAUGAUGAAGAGGUUUCCUUAUCAGGGUCUCCAACUCCUCGGAAUUCUCCCGGUCCCCAACAGUCUUUACGAAUGGACGUGCCGUCGACAGAAGCGGCGACGUUGAGACUAUCGCAAGGGAAGGAUUUGCCUAGGUUUUUGUUAAUCGAAAUGAGGAAUUGUUCAGAUUUGGGGAUAAGUUUGGUGGGUGGUAAUGCGGUUGGCAUUUUCGUGCAUAGUGUUCAAAUUGAUUCUCCUGCGUAUAUAGCGGGUUUGAGGACGGGAGAUCAGAUUUUAGAGUACAAUAAUGUAGAUUUAAGACGAGCCACCGCGGAACAGGCUGCUUUGGAGUUGGCGAAACCUGCUGAUAAAGUGAGCGUACUAGUCCGACACGAUCUCCAACAAUACCACGAAAUCAAAGACAAACCAGGCGAUGCCUUUUACAUUCGAGCGGGUUUCGACCGUUGUGCCAAAAUCGCCUCAAUAGGCAUGGACACCAUAGACGAGUUUUCUCUAUGGUUUAGAAAAGAUGAAGUGCUGUUUGUGGAUAACACAUUGUUUAAUGGUGCCCCGGGGCUGUGGCGCGCCUGGCAGCUAGACUGUAAGGGGGUUAAACGACAUUGGGGCACUAUACCCAGUAAAUUUAAGGUGGAAGAAAUUCUCCGUCGUUCAAUGGGUACGCUGGACAACGAUGCGCAGCGGCGAGCCUCCAGUACUGCGAGGAGAUCGUUCUUCCGACGUAAGAAGCACAGGGACAGCAAGGAGCUGGCGUCCUUCUCUAACACCGAGUUGGGGUGCUGGAGCGACUCCGGGACCCUCGCUGAUGAUAUACCGCCUCUGAGUUACCAGCGAGUGGAGAAACUGCAUUACGGCAGCCGGCGGCCGGUGGCGGUGCUGGGCCCGCUGCGCGAGUGCGUGGCUGGCAAGCUGGUGUCGGACUGGCCGCACGUGUUCGCGCGCGCGCGCCCCGAUCCGCGCGCGCUGCGCGACCGCGCCGACCAGGGUAUCCACUGCAUAAUCGACGUGAGCGUGCCGACGAUAGAGAAAUUACACAAACAUCAGAUAUACCCGAUAGUUCUAUUCAUUAAGUUUAAGUCGUUCAAACAAAUAAAAGAAGUGAAAGACACGAGGUAUCCAGCGGACAAAGUGUCGGCGAAGGCGGCCAAAGAAAUGUACGAGCACGGGCUGAAAGUGGAAAAUGAAUAUAGGAAUUUUAUAUCUGCUGAAAUACCAGCAGGCGUAAAUAUCGCUUACAUGUGCACACAAAUCAAGGAGGCCGUGGAAGAGGAGCAGAACAAAACACUGUGGGUGCCCUCUGCGCAAGCC